CACGCUUAUAUAAUUUAUUUAAACCUACUAUGUCCUCAGCUUCCGCUACUCCAGACCUUCUGAGCUCCAUGACUACCAAGAAGACGAACAAAGUGCUUGGGAUCUUGUCUAAGAUCACUCAGUCGCUCAACAACUUGCCUGAAGGAGAGUCUUACGACUAUGAACUUAGUACAACUGCUAAGGCUAAAAAGAAGGUCAAAAAAUGAAAUAAGAAGAUAGCUAAAAUGCUUAGAGGUCUGAUGAUUAAUACAACCAGAGAGGCAGACAACCAUCAGGAGUUCGAGACCCUGACCUCUCAAGCCUUCCUGAGUAAAUACCACUGUGUAGUUGACACAGCAGACGACCUUAUGGAAGUAGCCAAUAAAAACGUAGACAAGUUCAUGAGAGAAAGACAGAAAGGAAAGGACUAUGAAAAAGAACUUGAAAAAGCAUUCCAGCUUAAGCAUGACAAAGCUCCACAUGUAUCUUCUGGGGCUAGCCAGAUAGUUAAGAACACUAUUAACUAUCUAGCCAAGCCUCAGCUUGGCUUUGUGCCUAAGAUGGAUAACUCUUACUUCCAGUUUGUUCCAAGUAUCACUCAUAAAGAGAAUGCAAUUGUUCCUCUGCAUGAAAGGAUUACUAAACUUCAAGCUGAGCAUGCUGCAUAUCUUAAAGCACAUCCAAAAAUUCUGUUCACUCCUGAUAUUGAGAUCCCCUUCAUCAGGACUCCUCACCCUUAUGAAGAAGAAAUUGAGAAUAUUAAAGUUGAUUGGAAGAAAUCUUUGGAGGAGAUUUCCCAGCUGAACCCUACUCUUCCUCCUGAUGUUGAUGAAUGGACCCACGAAUUCAUCGACAAGCCUGAGCAGUUAGAAGGGUUCCUCGAGGAGAUAAAGGGGGCGAAAGAGCUAGCAGUCGAUUUAGAGUUCCAUGCCUAUAGAUCUUACCAAGGGUUCACCUGUCUUAUGCAGCUUUCAACAAGAGAGAAAGAUUAUGUGCUAGAUACAAUUGCACUCAGGUCUCACUUACAUGUAUUGAACAAGGUGUUCACUGAUCCUAACAUAGUAAAGAUUCUGCAUGGCUCAAAGUACGAUAUAGUGUGGCUCCAAAAAGAUCUGGGCAUUUAUGUAGUGAAUCUUUUCGAUACUGGGGUUGCUGCAAAAAUAUUGGGAUUAAAAGCAUCACUUGCUUUUCUGCUAAAACACUACUGUGAUGUGACUGCUGACAAGAAAUUUCAAUUAGCUGACUGGAGGCAAAGACCUCUUACUGAAGAAAUGAGUAAAUACGCUAGAAUGGAUACUCACUACUUACACUACAUUUAUGACACAAUGAGGCUUGAGCUUGCUCAGCCAAAGAACAAGGAAGAUAAUCCUAUAAAUUAUCUAAAAUCUGUAUUUAAGAUGUCAAAGGAGAUUGCUUUACAAAUAUUUGAGAAGCCAAAGGCAAAAGAUAGCGACUACUUCGCCAUUGUUCAAAGAAACUGUACCUUAAUGGGUGAAGGUCAACUAGAGGUCCUCCAGAUGCUCCUUGUUUGGAGAGAUUAUGUAGCAAGAGUUGAAGACGAGUCUGUAAAAUAUGUCAUGCCUAAUGAUGUACUCUUUGACAUUGCAAAGUCAACACCAAAAACUUCUACUGAACUUGAAGAAGUCCUCAGAAGACAUCCUAAGCACACCAAGCAUGUGAGUAUCCUUAAGUUUGAAGAAGAUCUCUUGGAAAGGAUCAAUAAAUCAGUUAAAACCUGUGAAGAUAAGAUUCAGAAAAGAGUCAACAACAAAAAGAAGAACUCUGCAGAGUUCGACCCCCUCAACGAGUCCUCUUCGUCAGAUGAUGAAGAAGAGAAGAAGAUUCCUAGGUCUAAGAAAGCUCUUCCAAACAAAAAGAUUGAGACUCAGAAGAAGCAGAGUACUUUCUCUCUCCAAAACGUACAGAUUAAAGUUGAUAGAAUCACUAAGCCAAGUAAUAUGUUUGCCAAUACGGAUAAUAACGUUGAGAGGAGCAAACAAGUUGGCCGGAUCAACCGGUUCAACACCCAACUAAGCAUGUGUGAACUCAUGGGUAUCCAGAGGUCACAAGUCCCUCAGGUGGAGAAGUCAAAGAAAACUCUUGAGAGCCAGAUCCAGGAAUGAAUGCCAGUCGAUGUCCCCGUUGUUGAAGAAAUUACUAAAGAUGACCUUAAAAAUGCAGUGCUUAGAUCAGAUGAAGUGAAUGUCCAAAAUGUGCACAUUCCUGAUGAAAAGAAACAAGAAGAGGACUCUGACUUCGAAACCCACAAACUUCCUCCAUCCAUGAGGGAGAAGUACAACAUUAAGAAGAAAAGUAAGAGGAACAAGAAUAAGCGCGCUAAAACUGGGGAGGAAACUGAGGGUAAAAAUCUCUUACUCCAGCAAAACAAGAAGACAUUGAUGGAUACGAUCAAGGAUAUCACUAAGCAGUCUAAGGACAAGAUCUCCAAUGCGGAACCUAUCCCUAAGGCCAGCAAGAAAAGAGCCAAGCUAGCAAUUGCUAAAAGAAAUGAAGGUACUGAGAUCAACGACGAAAAAUGGAACCAAGCUAUUCAGAACUGUGAGGAGGUGCUUGACACCCAGAUGGCUCAGAGAAUGAAGAAUAAGGGUAAGGAUCGCAAUAUGAGGAAAAGAAAGGGAAAGAAGAGAUAAAAUUAGUCAUAAGA